GGGGUUCCUCUGUCGUCGGCCGCCUGCCACCCGAGACUAGCUGCAGACCAUGCAGAAGGAGGAAUUGGGCAUGGAUGAGAACCGCAAUCCUGAGGAAGAGCUGCGCCUUCUGGGGGGGAAGAAGGAGAAAUGCCACAGCCUCAGCAACCGCAUCAGGACAGGAGCUGGAGCAGAGCUGGGCUACAGGCCAAGCCAGGGCUCCAGAGAAGGUUCCUGGGAGUCCAACGGCUAUACUGCGUCCUCGGAGAUUGCCGAUGAGCCCAGCGUUCCCUUGAGCCCUUCUAACAGCCUUAACAUCCGCAACCUCCAAUUGUCUGAGCGGGACCCCCCGGUCGCCCACCACCCCCACCGCUAUCCCCACCGCUUCUACCAUGGCCGGCCCUUCCAUGCAGCUGCCUACCGCAAGACCUACCGAGGCAGCCCCUCCGACCGCAAGGAAUGGGGCCCCAGCACCAACGGCCACCACUGCGCUCCCGAAAGCAUUUCCAAUGGGCGGUGGCAGCACCGGCGCCGUGGCUACUCCGACCCGCCGUCUCCAUCCUCGUCUCCGGAAUCGGAACGAGAUGGGGCUGUCAAAGUUGGCGAGAAGCCUGCCGUUACAUCAAACACCACCAAUGCAUCCGUCAAGGAUUCUGGGAAGGAAACGUGGUCACUUUUCCGGCCCCUCCCUGCUUUCCCGGUUGAUAGCAGCAGCGCCCGGAUCAUUCCUAAAAUAUCUUACGCUAGCAAGCUGAAAGAGAACUUGGAUCAGCCAGGGAAAGCCUGCCACGUUCCCGCCUCAGCCGUCCGCACCACCAAUAGCCUCCCCAACUGCGUCCUGGCACCGCCCCCAAGCAGCCCCCCACCAUCCGACAGCAGCCGGCAGCAGCACCUGGGAGCCAUCUUUCAGAAUGAGUGGGGCUUGUCCUUUAUCAAUGAGCCAGGAGCUGGGCACGGAGGGGGUGGCGGGACAGCACCAGAAAAGGAGGUGGAAGAUGCAAACACUGGAGCAUGCUGGGAGAAAAUGGAAGCCAAUGACUGGCAGGCCGCAAGAAAUUAUCACCUGGAAGAAUGGACUCAUAUAUGGGAGCUACACAGUCAAGCUCCUAGCAAAGUGACGGUCUAUACGGACACCUUGGAUGGGAAGGGUUAACACCAAGGAUUCCCUGGGGAAGCACUGCUAAGAUCCAGGGGGGUGGGGGGGCACACG